ACUGCGUCACUCGUGUGCGCCGGAUGGUCCUCUACAACGUGUUGAAGAAAAAUUCACGUGUGGAAAUUUUGUAUCUUUCAGCAGCAGUCAGGAUUUGGAACAAAAAGUGUCAGAUUAAUCGGUAUAGCUCAGAGUCAUGGGUCGGAAGUUGGAUCCCACCAACAAGGUGAAGAGAGGGCCAGGGAAGAAAGCCAAGAAACAACGGGGAGCAGAAACCGAGUUGGCAAAGUUUAUAACUGAUGAGGAAACCGGCCCAAAACGUCUGUCGAGUAGAGCCAGGAAAAGAGCUGCAAAGAGAGUCCAGAACUUGAAAAAGCCAAAAGAUGUUGCUGUGGAAAAGCCCAAGAAAGGAUUCACUGAUGAGAACAGUAAAUGGUUGAAACCAGCAAAGAGGAAGCGCAAACUUGAUGAACCUGAAAGUGAGGAUGACAGUGAUGAACACUGGGAGGAAGAGGAAGAUGAGGAAGAGGAGGAGGAGCAGCAGCAGCAGCAGCAGCAGCAGCAGAAGCAGAAGAAGAAAGUAGGAAAAGACCAAGGAAAGAAGGGUGCAAAAUCAGGAGUGAAACAGGUGGAAGAGGAAGAGGAGGAGGAGGAUGAUGACGAGGAUGACGAUGAUGAAGACGAAGACAACGACGACGACGACGAUGAUGAUGAAGAAAUGGUUGACGAUUACGGCACACUUGAUGACGGCAGUGGAGAUGAAGCAGCAGAAGAAGAAAGUGAUGGAGAAGACCUCCUUCCUAUUGAGCGUGCAGCAAAGAAAGAGAAAAAGAUGAAAGAAACCAUGGGUCUAGAUGAUGAUGAUGAUGAUGACGAUGAUGAUGAGGAGGAGGAGGAAGACGACGAUGGCGAAGGUGGUGAUGAUGAUGAGGAUGAUGAAGACGUAGAUGAGGAAGACACGGUACAAACCAACAUAGAUGAAAUGGAUCAAUUUAGGCUACCUGGAGCAGAGGAGAGUGAGAAGGAAGGUAUCCUGCCUCUAGACCUGAAGACAAUUCAUCAAAGAAUAAAAGACAACAUUGACGUCCUUUGUAAUUUCUCAACAAAAAGGGAGGAGGGGAAAGAGAGAGCAGAGUACAUCUCUCUGUUGAAGAAAGAUCUCUGCACCUACUACAGCUACAACAACUUUCUCAUUGAGAAAUUAAUAGACCUCUUCCCUCUCUCCGAGCUGGUUGAUUUCCUCGAGGCCAAUGAAAUUCAGAGACCUGUCACUAUUCGGACCAACACACUGAAAACAAGGAGGCGGGACCUUGCGCAGGCCCUGAUCAACAGAGGAGUGAACCUCGAUCCACUGGGGAAAUGGUCUAAAGUGGGUUUGGUGAUCUACGACUCCUCAGUACCUAUUGGUGCAACACCAGAGUACCUGGCAGGUCAGUACAUGCUACAAGGAGCCUCCAGUUUUCUGCCAGUAAUGGCACUUUCUCCACAGGAGGGAGAAUUAGUUUUGGACAUGAGCUCAGCUCCAGGAGGCAAGACCACCUAUAUUGCUCAGCUGAUGAGAAACACGGGGGUGAUUGUGGCUAAUGACGCUAACGCUGACAGACUGAAGAGUGUGGUGGGAAACAUCCACCGUCUGGGCGUCACCAACACUGUGGUCUGCAACUACGAUGGCCGGCAGUUCCCAAAGGUAAUGGGUGGGUUUGAUAGAGUACUACUUGAUGCUCCAUGCUCAGGCACAGGAGUCAUUGCUAAAGAUCCAGCUGUGAAGACCAGCAAGGACGAGGCAGACAUCCAGCGCUCUGCUCACCUGCAGAAAGAGCUGAUUCUAUCUGCCAUAGACUCUGUCAAUGCUGAGUCCCCCUCAGGAGGAUAUCUGGUCUACUGCACAUGUUCAAUAAUGGUGGAGGAGAAUGAGUGGGUGGUAGACUACGCUUUAAAGAAAAGGAACGUCAAAUUGGUUCCCAUAGGGCUUGACUUUGGCAAGGAAGGCUUCACCAGGUUCAAAGAACGCAGAUUCCAUCCUUCUCUGCGACUCUCCCGGCGGUUUUACCCUCAUUCCCACAAUAUGGAUGGCUUCUUUGUGGCCAAACUGAAGAAGUUCUCCAAUGUAAUACCAACUGCACCAGCAGGGAAAGAAGAUGAGAAUUCAGAGGCUCCUGAGGCGACGGAAGUUAAAGAAGCUCCUAAGGAAAAACCAUCCAACAGCGACAAGAACAAGACUGUCCCCAGUAAGGCAGAUGGCUCAAAGCAAAAAGCCCAAGCCAAUGGAACAGCAGCCAAGGAAAAGGCAAACCUAAAGUCAAAGGGCAAAAAGAACUCACCUACCGGACCAAAAAAGGCAAAGGUCGCCAAGAUGGACGGGGAGACUGUGAAAGGGGCAGAGGCCAAGAAGCCUGCAGUGAAGACCACUGUGGAGAUUAAAGCAUCGAAGGCCGACAAAAAGGAGGGGAGCAGAUUUGAGAAAAAGGAGGCCAAAAACAGAAAAUCACCCAAGAAGGCAAAGAACAGAAUGGGAAAGAAUAAAUUCAACAAGUUGAAGCACAUGUUGCAAAAACAAGACAGAGUGUGACAUUGUAUACAGAGUGUUUCAGAUAAUGCAAGAGCUUUGUAGAGCUUUGUCACAGACCCAGAUCCUCUUUCCUUCAGUUCAAGUUGGUGUGCUCUGUUGUCCUUUUAGAACAACAAUACUGUAUGUAACAAGGCCAUGUACAGAUGAAUUGGACCGGUCAACAAUGUUCUCCUUUAAGUUUAGUCCUCCCUUUUUUAUUUGUAUUACAGAGUAUUCAUUGUGUUUGUCUGUUGAUUUAAUUGCAGGGUGGGACAACUUCCAGAAAUCUGUGAGACAUAAUAAAUCUUUUAAGAUA